AUGCGCAACAUAAAAGCAACAUCGGAAGUGCCACAUCACCCUUCUCCAGACCUGAGUGAAACAGCACCUUUCCUACCACGAGCGAUACUUUCUUAUUCCUAUAAAUUUCCACUCCGUGAUGAUGGUUCAUUAGUUGCUUUCAGUGAGAAAUACAGAAAUCGAGGAGAAAAGAUAGUGAAAGCUGAGGAUCUUACUCAAAUGCUUUAUCCCAGAUCAAAGUUUUCCAAUGUAGAAGACAAAAUAAAGCAAUAUAUUGGCGUUCGAGAUACGCCAUUUUGGCGAGAUGCACCAUUACAUCACAUGUUGGAUAUGAACACAGAUCUUGACGGAGCGAUGACUGCAUGGAUGGCAGAGCCAGCAUUCACGAAGACCUCGUACAUCGGAGAACAAGAUGGAAAUCAUGAUUUCUAUGGGACAAUAAUCAAGCAAUUUUAUGAGCCAUUCGAACAAACUGGAAUGACUACUAUUUUCUAUAAAGUAUCUGGGAGAAAUUUCACUUCAAUGCCAACUCAAUGGAUUCUGGACCGAGGAAAGCCAGCGGCAAAUACAUUUCUGUCUGAUGUCAUCAACAAUAUGGCGAGGUUAAACGCUGAGUCAAAAACUGCCGCCCUUACUGCAAUCCCACAACUUAUCGGACGAGAUACAGGAGUAUUCACCUACAGCGGUUUAGAAGGUUUUCUUUUGAAACCUGAAGGGAAACUCAUGAUAAACUCAUACGUUGAUUCAUUGUCGUCUCUUUCGCGAGCUGAUAUCCAGCCGUGGUCCACACUUGUUUGCGCAGUUCUCGUCGACAAUGAAGCAAGAAGUUCGGGUGUUAUAAUGAAUUUGGACUAUUUAGUUAAUGGGAUAAGAGAAUUCAAAUACUCUGAUAUUAAAGUGAUGAGCCUUGAAGGGAAAAAACCCAUCACAGAGAAAGAUCCAAUUCCAAUACUUGAUUUAGGCACAAAUUUAAAGAUUGACAUCAGUUGGGAUGACUGGUCAUGUUGUUCAGCAUGUUGUUGUUCUGGAAUUCUUUGUGGAAAAUUUUAUACACCUGAUAGAAAAUGUGCAUUGUUAUCGUCCUAUAAGAUUCGCAAAGGAUAUUUGUCGCUAAUGAAGAUCAAACCAGAUAAGCCGAUUUAUCCAUGGGAUUCAAAGCCGGUCAGCUCCGACUUUCAAACUAUGAUGUCCAUAAGUCCAUACAAAGAACGUGGUAUCGCAUUGUGGUCCACAAUUUGGGAGAGCAUGGAAAGUCUACAGGAUGUGAAACGAUAUAAAGAGGACCUCUACUACAAAGCUUUCAAAGAUGUACUGAACACCACCAGACCACAAAUACCAGAUCAUCCAGGAUUUUACAUUGAUGAAAUACCUUGUAGUGAGGAAAAGUACGAUUGCGCUAAACUAGCAGAAUGUCGAAAAAUCAAUAUAAAGUCAAAAAUCGACGAGGAAUUAGAGGGGGAAGCGGAUCCGUGCGUUGAAUACGAGCCUGAGAUUGAGACAAUUUUUAUCGAACACGAACAUACAGACAUUGAGAUGGUUCCUGGACGGAGUUACCGUAUUCGUAUAAGAGAAGAGUUGUUUGCCACUGAUGCUACAAGGGUAAGUUGGCGAGUAUCGUCACGCCCUCCGGGGCGGUACGACACGUCCCGAGCUUGCCUUGAACAAGGAAUAGUGCAUCUGAAAAGCGGCGAUCUACUACUCACGACUUUAACGUCACGUGAUGUGAAGCGGCGUCUGGAAGCAACUUUGCCGGAUGGAAGGAAAAUUAACAUCCAGUUACAUAAUGCUAGCAUUCGACUUGGCCUGGGUGACGAUAGUGGAAAAGUUAUCACCUGGGGAAUUAUUAUCAUAGUGUUUCUUGUAUUAUUGUACGCUUUUGUCAAAGUGACAUCUAACCGAAGAAGAGCACGAACCCAACAAAUCCUGGUGAACAGAAUGAAGAAACGAUUGCGAGCAGAAGGAAAAUUACAGUAG